AAUUGACAGUUUUAGAUCUGAGUCUAGUGAGUUAUAGAGUAUAUGAUUUGGAUUGGAAGGUCAACCUUGGGUAAUGGCGAAGGACAUGAACUUAAGCUCUGGAACCCCAAUCCCUCUGCUCUUGUUGCUAUGCUUCACUACUUUUAUGCUCCUUCGCACUGAAGCCGUAUGGUUAACCAUCCCCAGUAAGGGAACCAAGUGCAUGUCCGAGGAAAUCCAGUCACACGUUGUCGUUUUAGCCGAUUACUAUGUUGUAGCCGAUGAUGUCAAGGGUCACCACCUUCAAACUAUUUCUGCCAAGGUGACAUCUCCUUAUGGAAAUACUCUUCACCACAAUGAAAAUGUUACCCAUGGUCAGUUUGCAUUUACAACUACCGAGAGUGGGAACUAUGUGGCAUGCUUUUGGGUGGAUAGUAAACAUCAAGAAGGUGCAGGGGACACCACAAUCAGCCUUGAAUGGAAAACUGGAAUCUCUGCCAAAGAUUGGGACUCCGUUGCAAGAAAAGAAAAGAUAGAGGGCGUUGAACUUGAGCUAAGGAAACUUGAAGGAGCAGUGGAAGCCAUCCGGGAUAAUCUAAUUUAUUUGAAGAAUAGGGAAGCUGAGAUGAGGGAAGUUAGUGAAGCAACAAAUGCUCGAGUCGCUUGGUUUAGUAUCUUUUCUCUUGGCCUUUGCAUUUUGGUUUCUAUAUUGCAGCUGUUACAUCUGAAGCGCUUCUUUCGGAAGAAGAAGCUCAUAUAGAUAUUGCUUUCUCAUGACACUUGCCCGCACAAAAUUGUUUUCUCAAGUUUUGGAGAAUCAAGGAUGAGUGUAACAUUGUACAGGUUUUCUUCUUGUGGAUCCUUUCAUGUAUCAUUGGGGUUAGUGGGUUAUCGCUGCAUGGGAUUUGGUGGGCGUUUCUUACAUAUAUGCAGAAAUUGGAGAGUUUGGUACUUUCUUGAAGCUAAACGAAUGAUAGUAAUUGGUUUUGAUUGUUGACCGUCUACUAAGUGUAAUUGUGUAUGAAUUUCUUUGUCAUGUCUCUUGGAAAAAGCAUUCACAAUUCAAAAGAUGAGAGGUGAAAGAUUGAAGUAAUGGAAACUUCUUUGU